UCUAUCACACCGCUACCUCUCUUUCUUAUGGUAUUCUAGUCUUUAUGUACAUGGUUUAUUAUUGGGUACAUUCGAACCCUGGACAAGUCAUACUUGUCGUCUUAGUCUCAACCUACUAGUACCGGUCCCGGUACUGGCCGCGAUCAUUGCCAGCAUCGACAGCAUCAUCAUCAUACCUGUAUCCGCCGACAUUGAUAUACCAAUACCCAUACUGGACUCCUCAAAUAUCUUCAAUGGUUUAAUGUUACUGAACCCUGACAAAGAGAUUUCAAAAGCAAGAGGAUCUACAUCCCUAUCUAUGUAUACAUCCUGCCCUGACAGCCCAAUUUCUCUCUGAAAUACGCUCCGACAGAACAACUUGCCAUUGCCAUUGUCAUUAACAUCGAAUCCCAUCUCCAUGGCUCUCCCCAACCCCGGAGAAACCUCCGGUGCUGGACAGACAGGAACCCUAACAUCCAAACCUACCACCAACAAGACCAAGACGAAGACCAAUGAUACUUCUACAGGACCGAAAAAACCUUACGUGAGACGUAUUACCGAACAACGUCGUGAACAGAAUCGAAGAUCUCAAAAGGUGUAUCGAGAGAAAUUGAGGAAACGACUUGAGGAAUUAGAACAGCAGGCGGGUGUGUCGUCGUCGACGAAUACGAAUACAAACACGACUACGACGCCAGAGUCUGCUUCGGCGUCAGCGUCAGCGUCAGCGUCUGCAUUCGUUGCGACUGGUCGUUCGGGUGUUGUUCAGCAGAGUUCAUUGACAUCGUCGACGUCUAACUAUGUAUCUGAAUCUGUUCCCGUUACUGUCACUGGUAGAGAGAGGAGAUCUUUGAUUGGUUCUGCUUCUGCCUCUGCAGUAGGAGCAGGCCUAUCAGUCAUCAGCCAUCAAGACCGAAUCUCUGAUCCCCUACAAUCAGAUCCAAAACCACCAGUCCAAUUCCUAAAUCUAGGCGAUGCAUUCGCCGCUGCAGGAGAUCUACCUAUAGGCGACGCUCCAAUGGGCGUGAACCUGUUCCUUGGACAAAGCGCGGGACCACAAUUCGAUAGCAGCGACGACGACAACAACAACAACGACGAUGAUGGUGAGACACUACCAGAAGUACAACGAAGUACUCAAUCCCAAUCGAAUAUUGAAUACACUCAAGAUGACUACGGGGAUAUGGAUCUCCGAGGAAUCUGGGCUCUUCCUUCACGACCACGACCUCAACCACAACCACGACAUUCAUCAAACCAACUCAAUCACAAUGGCACAUCGAUUCCACACUCGUCACCGCCAUGGUCAUCGCCAUGGACAGUUGGACCAAUCAACCAUAACAGAGCGGUAAUUCCACGCCAAAGACCACGACCACGACCUCGACAUCACCACCACCACCACCAGACCUGGCAACGAAACCAACAUCAACAACGCCAAAUCCAAUACCUCCAAACCCGCACCGGGCCUAUGACCCUCUCCUCCCCGCAAAUGAACCACCUACGCAUCAACCCGCUAAACCUCAUCGAAGCAUCCAUUUCCAUCGCCGCUGUAAUGGGAAUAUCGCGAUCCGCCUAUCUCAACGACCACCCAUCGCAACUCCCCGGCUGUUACGUCUACCUCAACGGCAUCACCACCGACCCCUCCUCCUCCUCCAUCAUUUCCCCCCUCCGCACCUCCCUCUACGUCUUCUCCUCCACGCAAAGCCUCUCCGUCACACCCGAACUGUACGCCCAUAUCGCACGCACCAUGAAAUCCUCCUCUUCCUUACGUCCCUCCCCGGCCCAACUCACCACCCCGCACCCGGCCUAUCUCGACUGUAUAAUCUUCCCGCAUAUGCGCGACGCCGCGGUCCGGGCUUCAGCAGAGGGGAUUUUAGACCAUAUUUCCCUCUUCACGGAUUUGUUAAACGGUGGGUUAGUGUGUUGGGGUGGAGGAUCGGAUUCUUUGGGCUUGUCGAGAAGGAGGAGGAGGGAGAGGUCAAUGGCGGAUGGCGUGGCUUGGUCAACUAGGAGUUGGGAGGCGAGACCGUGGUUUCUAAGGAAGUGGAAGUGGUUGAUUGGGUCGGAGGAGGAGGAGAGGUUGAGGGGGGAUAGUGAGGGGGUUUGGGCCGGGAGUCGAUGGUGGAGAGGGAUGAGGGGGGAGGAUAGUGAGGAGGAGUAUGAUGAUGAUGAUGAAGAGGAGGAGAGGGAAGGGGAUGAGAGGUUUGAUGGGGAGAGGGUUCAGGAGGAAGAGGAGGAGGAGUUUGGGAAUUUUGGAGGGGAGGUCGAUGGUGGUGCUGGUGUUGGUGCCGGGGCUGGUGGUCCUUUCGACCUAGACACCAGUGACUUCGACGAAGAAGAGAACUCGACGACUAGUUCCUUCGAUCCUAAUGUUGCACCUUGUCCGUUCGGUCCGACUGAUUAGGAGAAUGUCUGAGGAAGUUGAUCUGGUCCAGUGCAUCGGUGCAGCGGUCUAGAGAAGAUUAUGAGAUGAGAUGUUGUUGUCAUUGGAGUACAUGGUUAACGAACAAAAUAUAGUACUAUUCUGGGUAUUUUCGAUGACCGCUAUUCGUCCAUUAUAUAUGUACAAUACGUUUAUUUAUCAA